CUCAGUGGCCAUGGAAGCAUACGAUACCCCCUUUGAUAUGCCUGACGACGGCUCGAAUAUUUUGCUCUUUCCCCUUGUACCACUUUUCUUGUUUCAGCGCAUCUGCCAUUCCAAACGGCAGUUCGUCCUGCUACGGACAAGCGCAUUCAGCUUUCUGCCAUGAGUUCUUAUCACUGAACUCUGGGCCCUCUCUGGGGCCGAUGCUGACCCCAGCAGAUAUCUGUAUACUAUCAUAAAGCGGCAAGCGCGUGAACAAAGCUUGCCUCGGCAAUCUUUUUGUUGAACAUCGGUUUCUCAGUUCAUUUAGCUCCGCACCCCCAAAACCCCCCUUCCCCCUUCUCCUAUUGUUGCUUUUACCCUCAGCCCUUUGGGGGAAGGGGGGGCUUGGGGCUUCUCAUCCAUAGGCCCAGUGGGGUUUUCCCACGUAAUCAAUCUGCCCUUCCUUCUUU